UCUUCUGACUUUGAGUUUAGUGUAAACAAAAACGGAAAGAAAUUGGAAUUUUGGACGAUUUUAUAAGUUAUUAAAAUAUUGGAUAGAUUCGCUUCAAAAAUAUUUGUAUUUUGCAUUGAUUUUUUAAGUUAUGUAAGACUGACUUUCUAAAUAACUGUCUAAUUAAAUUUUGGUAUUAAAAUGAAUCAAGGAAAUGUUGCAUUUGUUACUUUGGCAACUGAUGACUUUUAUAGCACAGGUGCUUUAGUUUUGGCCCAUUCUUUAAAAGAAGUAAAUACUAAAGCUAAAUUGGUAGUUUUAGUUACUGCAGGAGUUUCUGCUAGAGUUCGGGAUAAACUAAGUAAAGUCUUUGAUUUAGUUGAAGAAGUUAGUAGAUUGGAUAGUAAUGAUGAUGAAAAUUUGGCAAUUCUGCAACGCCCAGAAUUAGGAGUGACUUUAACUAAACUUCACUGCUGGAAACUUACCCAGUUUUCAAAAUGUGUCUUUCUUGAUGCUGAUACCUUGGUUGUAAAGAACUGUGAUGAAUUAUUUGAAAAACCAGAGCUGUCAGCCGUGCCAGAUGUUGGUUGGCCAGACUGCUUCAACUCUGGUGUGUUUGUCUUCCAACCAUCAGUUGAAACUUUUCAAAAAUUAAAAAAGAUGGCUGCUGAAGAAGGAAGCUUUGAUGGGGGUGAUCAAGGAUUAUUAAAUGCAUAUUUUAGUGACUGGGCAACUGCAGAUAUCUCUCGACAUUUAUCAUUUCUUUAUAAUAUGAAUAUAAAUAUGAGUUAUACUUAUUUGCCUGCUUAUAAUAAAUUUGGAAAAGAUGUAAAGAUAGUGCAUUUUCUUGGUAACCAAAAGCCUUGGAUGUUUCAUUAUAACAAAGAUACUGGCAAUGUCGAUGCUCCUUCUGGAAAUGCUCCUUUAGUAGACUUUCUUAAAAUGUGGUGGAAAAUAUUUAUUGAAAGAGUAGCAAGCAGUCCAAGUGGAGAUGAGGUACAAUGCCAAAAUCAAACACAGCAACAACAAAACAUUGCUGAACAAUUUGAAAAGUUAACAGUAGCUCCUAAAGAUGCCAAUGUUCAUGCUCCAUCGACCUAUACUCAACAACUUAUAAAGAAGCAAGACCGCUUAUCAGAAUGGGAACAAGGUAGAAUAGAUUACCUGGGUGAAGAUUCCUAUGAAAAUAUUGAGAAGAAAUUGGAUGAAACCAUUAAUGGGUCUAAAAAGUAAUUAGUUUGUUUUUGAAGUAAAGAUUCUUAAAGAUAUGCUGUCAAAAUUUCAUAGAUGGUGCUGAAUGAAUAAGAUUAAUCUAACUUGAAGGAACUAUUUUUUAUGGUGUGCAAUUUUUCAAAUGGUGUAUAAACAUCUAUAUGGGAUGCAGUGUCAUAAAUUAAAUGGAGCUUUAUUUGUAGUGUUGUUUAAGAAGACUUAUUUCCUGAGUAUUUUUCAACAAACUUGAUGAAAAUUCCAGUUGUUUUACUUGUUUGUUUUCUUUUAUGCUCAAGUCAUUAAUAUUAAGGUGAUUUUUGUUGUCAUUUUUUUUUUACUGUAUUUUAUAAGGUUUACAAAUUGUUUCUUAUUUAUUAUAAAAUAUGUGCUUUUUUUUCUCUGUCUUGUCUCUCUUGCUCUUAAAUGUUUCUUGCGAUUUACACUUUAACACAUUGUUUUUACUACAGUACAUAUUUCACUUCAUUUCUUUUUGAUUGUGAAUGCAAGAAAAUUUUAUUUAAAGACCUUUCAAUGUUAUAUAUUAAAUUUCAUAUUCAAUUUUUUUUUAACUAGUAUUUCUUUUUUUAUAUAUAUAUGUAUUAUUUUUUGAAGCUUAGCAUUUUGUUAUUCUUUUACAUUUUGGCCCUCUCCCUUCAUCUUAAUUUCAUCUGAAUUCCUCUGUACCGUCCGCUGUUUGAACUAUUUUUAUAUAGAAUAUUCUGUUGGAUUUGCAAUAAAUAAAUAAUAUAUUAUCAAAGUAAGUGUGAAAGGAAUAUAAAAUUUUAUGUAUGAUUAUAGAAGAAAUAAUAUACUAUUUGCACAAUUUUAUUUUACAGAUUUCUAUUGAUAUUCUAGUAUGUAUUUGUAAAUUUUGAAUACUGUACUUUAGAAUCUAAUAUCUUUAAUUUAUUUUGCUACUGCAAAAUCCACUAAGCAGAAAUUUGAUGCGAUGUAUAUAAUUUAAUAUAAUUGUCAUAUUGAUGUCAUUAUGAUAACGUCAUAAUUGUCAUUGAUGCGUAUAAUUGUCUUUUUUAUAUAGUGGGAGGGGGAUAUUUAGGUGACUUCUAAAGCCAUUCAACUCAUUUUAUGGAAUACACUUUGUUGUCUAAAUAGAAUUAUUCUUGCUUUACAGAAUUUUAUGCUUCUUUUAUUUUUGUAAAAAAAAAGCAUAAAAUUAAUUUUGAGUAUAUUUUUUGACUAUCAACAUUCCAAAUUAUAAUUUAAUUUUAAAAUGGCUUUUUAUGAUUUUCUGUAAGUGGUUUAAAAUGUAUUUUGACGGAACAUUCCUUGAGAGAUAUUAAAAUUCCAAAACUUUUAUUGGUUAUUCUUAAAACUAGCUGACAAAUUUUAUUUUUAAAAAAGUUCCAAAUUUUUUGGUUUAUAUAAUCAUAUAGUAUUUUGUCCUUCCUUCCCUAGUAUUAAUAUUUUUAAAAUACUUAUAUCAUGGUAGGUAGUUUCUUAUUUUACAUACUGGCUACCUCACCUGUAUUUAAAGUUUUGUUGUUAUCGUAAAUACAUGUGCCAUUAUGUUGUAAUAUUUAUAUAUUAGAAAAUAUUUGUGAUGUUGUUAACAAAUUUUGUAUAGAAAAGCAGGUUAAAAAUAUUCUCAGAGAUUUUAUAUUAAGAUAUGAAUGUUUUUUUGUAACUCAUUUAUAUUUUAUGGGGUUUGAAAAAUAAAUAUUUACUUUAUUAAAGAUUAUAUAAGCACCUGAAAGUUUCCAUUUUUAUGAUAUAUAUAUUUUUUUCAUAAGUAGCAAUAAAUUAAAUUUUGUUUUGUAAGCAUUUCAUACAAAUGAUUUCUUAGUAGCAUGAAUAUCUAAGGUUUGUUUUGUUAAAUUAAUUGAUAUUAUGAAGUUUUUCAAAAAUAUCAAAAUUUCUUUUCAUUUGUUAUUUAGCCUAUUAAAUGUUUAUUUAUUUCUGUUAUGCAGUAUAUUGUGAACACAAUAUCCUCCAAGUUGUAUAUGGUUAGAUAUGCCAAAAUAAUUUCUUGAUGUAUUUUUAAAUGUUCUACACUUGCAAACUCAUGUUUCCUCUUAUUACGUGUGUCAAUUAUUCAUUUUGUUACCCUCUGAUAAAUUUUGCUCAACUAUAUUGAUGUUGUUUAGCAUUUUAGCUUCUUUUUUUUUCUUCUUUUAAGUCUUUUUGCUGUUAGUAGUAGUUAAAAGUACCUUUAGUUAUAUAUUAAGGAUUAUUGUGUCUGGAAUUAUUAUUUUGUGAUAAAUGCAAAUUAUUUCUGCUGUUUCAUGUUAAGAGUUUAGCUUCAGCCAUAAAGAAAACUAUACUUUUCGUUUAAUAGAGGUAUAAAUGUAU